AUGCUCCGCAUCUCCCCUCCCUCGCGAUCUCUCCUCUCCUCCAUGGCUUCUGGUGCGCCUCGCGGGUGGCUACCGACGCUUGCCCAACGAGUUGCUUCAGUCAGGGCGGUGUUCAACCCUCCUGUUCGUCAUGUUUCCCGGUUCCCCCAUGGAUCUCGGAACAUGGCCAUCAGCAGUAGAGUGAAAGGCAAGGAAUUGGGUAAACCAGACAGACGCAUGGACAAUGAAGAGAAUAGGGCUGCAAUUGAGGAGUUCAUUGCUCAUUAUGGCGAUGGCGGUCCUGCCAACAAUGACGAUGGGAGCAAAAUUUCCAUGUACGGUGAUGAAGAUGUUUAUAGGACAAUAGAUCCCAGUGGAGCAGUCAAAGAUGUAGGAGAUGGUGAAGAUGAAAAGGACCAAGGGGUCAGCAAGGUUAGUGAUGACAAUGCGUAUGAAGAGUUCACUGACUGUGAAGAUAACUAUCCCCGUGACGGUUCUGUCCGUUGGACGGCACUUAGAAGGAGCAGUCACCAUGAUGGUUCCAUAUACUGUACCAGGGGCACCUUUGGAUCUGGCUGGAAAAAUGAUUAUCGUAUUGCAGACCGUAAUGAGACUCGGUUGGAGGCAAUGAUGUUAUCGGAUCCCAACAAAGAUUGCAUCCUGGUGGAUGGAACUUGCAGAUGGCAUAGAGCACAGUCCAUGUUGCAAAUUUUCUCAGUAAAGUUGGCUAAAAUUUCUGUGGUCGAUGGCCCAGUACAGUUGUAUGGAUACAUUGCGGCACGGGAUCUUGUCGACCCAUUACUUAAUUAUAUUGUCAAUAUUGGCAGGGAUGAUCCCAUCACUGUGGAGAAGGGCUCCCUCAUUGAAACGACUGGCCCUAAACGAGGGAUUGAAUUGUCUUGCAAUGUUUUAAUUGAAUAUGACAUGAGGAUCAAGACAGGAGAACAGGAGAAAGGUGAUCUACAGCUGAUUGAUGGUGUAUCUAUCGUUGAUGAACUACUGACAUCAAGUAACCCAUGGACGAAUCGCAUUCAUGGAGAUUGUGGCGCAAUUGACAUAACUCAAAUGUGCAUUGAUUAUGCAUUUGAGGCGACUGUAGAAGUUGUCAUAUCAGAAGUGCAGAGUAGCUUUGAUUUGCUUCUCAGCUGUUUUACCAGUGGGCUGCAUGAGGAAAUUCGGCUCUUUGAUGGUGUGAUUGGCAAGUCACUUGGGUUGAGGAGGCAUGUGCUUGCUGUUAGGAAAGGGAAGUGUAUGGAUUUGAAGUUCAAGGUAGGCUUUGGGUCUGACUGUUGCACUGAACAUUGCCGUUCCUUCGAAGCGACCAAUCAUGGAUGUUCCAGUGAGCAAAUAAAGAUGGAGUCCGCUUUAGUCUUGGUGAAGGUGACUUGGUCGUCUUUGGAAUAUUCUCUAAAUUGA